AUGCCUACAGCUCAACUGCAAAAUAAAAAUCAGCCUGAUAUCACUUAUCUACCCGAUCACAAGAAGUGGCAAGAUAGAACUGCUCGUCGUCUGAAGGAAGAGGAUUUGAGCAAUGAAUUACCAGAAGGCUUUCCCAAGCAGUUAAGCGGUCCCAAGAUUUGGGAAGGAAAAGAUUUCGAAGGAAAAGAAGAAGAGUGGGUCUACCACUUGACUGAGAAUGAGCUAAAUGAAAUUGAUGAAGCUAUCCAUACUUUCGAGAAGACCAAUCAACCUUUUGGGGACGUACAGCAAGAGAGAUUUGUUCUUCCAACUCUUGGUCCAAAGAUCAAAGCCUUGACCGAAGAGAACGUUGUAUCUGGCAGAGGAUUCCUAGUCGUCCGUGGUAUUAAUCCAGAAAAGUACACUCGUGAGCAGCAAGUUAUUGCAUAUGCCGGUAUCUCCUCCUACGUCGGAAAGCCACAUAUUAAGGAUCUAGUACCGCAGAAGGAUUUGCAAGAAAUUCUUGCUCCAGCAUAUACCAACGAUCACCAGGUAUACCAUACCGAUGCUGGCGACAUUAUUUCCCUAUUUGCCGUCGGAGUAGCUGAAGAAGGUGGUAAAUCCAGGAUUGCGUCCAGUUGGAGAGUGUACAACGAACUAGCCGCUACGCGCCCAGAUCUCAUUCAAACUCUAUCUCAAAAUUGGGUGUUCCAAAAUGACAAGGGAGAUCCUGCGUACUAUGAGCGACCUCUACUCUUCUACGAGGAUCAUCAUCUUAUCAUCCAAUAUGCCCGAAGACUUUUUACGGGAUUCGGCAAAAAUCCUAGACGAGACGAUAUCCCUCCUAUUACUGAAGCUCAGGCAGAGGCGUUGGAUGCCUUGCAUUACAUUGCUGAAAAAUACAAUUUAGGAAUCGACUUCAAGAAAGGUGACAUUCAGUAUAUCAAUAACUUGUCUAUUUUCCAUGCCCGCGAUGGCUAUACAGAUAGCGAACAUAAUCAACGCCACCUCCUCCGCCUCUGGCUUCACCCGGAAAAUGCCUGGAAGCUCCCAGAACAGCUAAAGCCCUCUUGGCAAAAGCUAUAUUUUGAUGAAAGAGAAGAGCUUUUUCCGUUGGAACCAACUCUACGCUGGUAG